UGGAGGGCUCCCGCCUACGCAGGUCGUGACGCUGGGACCGAGCUCCGCAGACGGAGCGGGCGCCGCUGCUGAGCGUCUUCUGCGUUCGGACCUUUUGGAAUAAAUCAUGGAAUUGAACUUCAUUCAGAUGUGGUGGAAUAUGCCAAGGAAAAACUGGAGAGCUUCAUCAAAAAUAGCGAUAGCUUUGAUAAUCAGCUCCUAGACCUAGACUAUCCGUCUAAGAGGGAAGCUACAGUGCAAGGCUAGGUCACCCUGCUCUCCUAGCUGCUUUUCAAAAGAAUUAUAUGGGCAAGUUGGCAAGGUCCGGGCUGUGAACGAAGUCAUCUAUCCGUCUGAGAUGAAGAUAGUCCAGCAUGCACCCAUAAAGAAAGCCACUGCUGAGAUUUGAAUUCUGUGAACCUGCAUUUGUGGUGGGUAAUUGCCUUCAGAUAGCUUCUGACAGUCAUCAGUAUGAUCGAAUUUAUUGUGGAGCUGGAGUCCAGAAAGAUCAUGAAAACUACAUGAAGAUCUUGCUCAAAGUUGGGGGAAUUCUGGUCAUGCCUAUAGAGGAUCAGUUGACACAGAUUAUGCGGACUGGACAAAACACUUGGGAAAGUAAAAAUAUCCUUGCUGUUUCCUUUGCACCACUUGUACAACCUAGUAAGAAUGAUAAUGGCACACCGGAUUCUGUGGGACUCCCCCCAUGUGCUGUCAGGAAUCUCCAAGACUUGGCUCGUAUUUAUAUUCGACGUACACUUAGAAACUUCAUAAAUGAUGAGAUGCAGGCCAAGGGAAUUCCGCAAAGGGCUCCACCCAAGAGGAAAAGAAAGAGAGUUAAACAAAGAAUUAACACUUAUGUAUUUGUAGGUAAUCAGCUUAUUCCUCAGCCCCUAGACAGUGAAGAGGAUGAAAAAAUGGAAGAAGACAGCAAAGAAGAAGAAGAAGAAGAGAAAGAUCAUAGUGAAACCAUGAAGCAUGAGGAGCCACCUCAGAACUUACUGAGGGAAAAGAUCAUGAAGCUGCCGCUCCCUGAGUCUUUAAAAGCUUACUUGACAUAUUUUAGAGACAAAUAACUUAAAACAAGGAAGAAUGCCUACUGAUAAUUCCCUUACUCUUGUAAAUGUAGUGUUUAUUAGGAGUUAGAGAAUUAUUUCAUUAGAAUGAAUUAUUGCAGAAAAAACGCUCAAGUUAUUUCUCUUAAUGACAGAAAUGAUGUAUUCAGUGAUUUAAAAGAGUCUGUUUCCUAAUCUAUUUUUCUUAAAUCUUGAGGAAAUGCUGUUUUAGCUCAAUGAUCUCAAAAUGAAAUGCAUCAGUAGUCAGGACUUUGUGACAGUAAUGCCCUUGUGGUUUUUCACAGAUUUUUUAGUGUUGGGCAUUGGAUUUCACUCUAUAAGAGGUUGAUAGAUUGUCACACAUAUAUAGGCUUAUUUAAAUUGCAUUUUGCAUUUCUUUUGUAAGUUCGCUUAUCUAAUAAGGAAAGCAAAUGCUUGUAGAUCCGCUUACCUUACUUUUGUUGUAGACAUAUUCCGGGCAACAUCUCAGUGCAAUAAUAAUUCAAGAUAUUCAAUAAUUUAGCUUUAAAGACUUCAGACUUCAUGAAAUUUUACAGGCCUGAAACAUUUGCUUUUUGAAUCUAUUGCCAAAAGAUACAGGGAAAAUUCCUGCUUCUCUCAUAGAGAUUUUAAGAGCACAGCAAGUGAAUAUUAAAGUAGGAAAUGACUACUUAACACAGCUAGUUUGUGUGGGCUCCUUGUGUUCUCAGUAUUUACAGAUAUUCUAGAAUUCUAAAAGGUAGUAUAUUUAGGAUUGCUUUUUUGUAAUUAUAAAGUAUUAGAUUUGAAAAGAUUUCCAUUGUUUCAUUUGCCUCUGAAUGCAGGCAGUAAGUCACAUUAAGUGACUCACUUAUUAGGUACCUUCAGUAACAGGGGAAUGAUGUAGUCUGCUGAAGCACUUUAUGGGACUUUUAGUUAUGUGAAUAUUUGUCUUUAACAAGGUAGGCCAUGCAUCACCUUUUCUGUUUUGAAUCUUUCUAGUAUAAGUAGUCAUGGAAGUUGUAUGUAGAUGCCUAUGUGUUUAAAAUUUGGUUCAGAAUCAUAGUGGGAUCUCUGACCCACACCAAGCUCAUUUCCUCCCUUCUAUGUUUUGUUUCUUUGGUAAAAUGAUAAUGGUUUUUAUUUUUUGCUUACUGUUACAUUCUUAACAUAUGUAGGGUACCAGUGCUAAAACAGGCAGUGCAUAUUGUUACUAGUUCUUUCCUCAUAAGGUUUGCACCCAGUUCUUCCUUGUUAAGAAGACAUGAGAUGUGACCUACUUACUACUUAAUAUUAUACAGAUUAUGUGUUUUUAAAGGGAAGAUUUCAAGUGUCUCACUUAUUCUCACCAUAUCACUGUCAGAGCAGCCACUCAGAUUUGCCAAAGGAAACACAAUCAUCAUGUUUCAAAUAGUUAAAUAACUCAGCUCCAAUAAUUCUGCAUACACAAAUCAGUUAAAAUAUUUCAAACUUGAAAUUGAUCCAAAUAAUUGAUACUGUUUUAGUAAUGUGAGAGACAGUGUUAUGGAAAAAAUUCAUUUGGCUCUUGGCGGAAUGGGUAUGUCCAAUUAUUACUAAGUAAUAUUCUCUCUUAUUUCUAUCAAAAAAAAAAAGGAAAAAG